AUGCCAAGCCAACCUCCCACGUGCCCUACCGCGCCUUCUCUUGAUGGUCUCGCCAUUUUCCUUGCUGAGAGACAGAGAGACAGCGAGAGGAAACAUGGCAUCCAAGGCAAAGGUCGUCGGUGUGAAGAAGACGAAGAGGCGCCGUUCCAAUCUCAGGAAAAGACGGAGAGAGUCCGCGAAGAAGUCGACUGCUCUACGUGUGCGCAGCAAUCCGCCAGAGAAUCCCCACGAGAAGGUAGACAAACGAGCAUUGCAAGGCAUCAUGACAGUAUCGGACUAACCGAGCAGAUUUGCAUCCAAGCCGAUCCCAUGCCCGAGGACUUUGUCUUCGUCCCCAGGGGCGAUCCCUACGUUACCAGGAAUUGCAAAAGUCGCAGCAAAGACGCAGCUAGCACUGUGUAUAUUGUUUAUGACAACAAAGAACGAGCCCAACUUGGCAUAAGAGUCCAAAAAGACAUCUACAAGGAAGUGACCAAAACCGCGCAGCAGACAGCCCAAAACCGCAGAGUGGCAGUCCAAGUACGCGAUGCACGAGAUCAGAGAAAAGCCAAAAUAAUCCUCAGCGAGACAUUCCCUAGUAUGCCAGAUGCAUGCGUCGAGGAAGUUCUGCAGCAUGCUUUCCUCAAGGGCUCUGGCAGAGUUGGACGCACUGCCACGCGGCCGGAAAAGGUCAAGGCUAUUCUUGCCGUAGAGGCGCACAUCAGACACAAAUAUACUCCAUAUGAGCAGCUGCUGCGCGAAGGCAUUGAUCGAGAGAGUGCAAGGGAGAGUGUAUGGGAGUUGGUCAAAGCUAUUAGAGACAAAUGGGCUGAAAAGGACGGAGAAACGACAUGA